AGUCAUCAGCAGCUGGCCAGGGUAUAUAAAGGCCCCCCGAGCAGGACAAAGACAUUCACACCUGACAACACCCAAAUCCUCUCACCAGUCCAACCCUAAGCAACCCCAGACAUCACCAUGUCCGGCUCCUGCUGCGGCUCCACCUGCUCCUCCUCGGGCUGUGGGGGAGGCUGCUGCCAGCCCUGCUGCCAGCCCUGCUGCUGCCGCGACCCCUGCUGCUGCCGCCCCGUGUCCUGCCAGACCACCGUGUGCCGCCCCGUGACCUGCACCUGCCGCUGCACGCGCCCCAUCUGUGAGCCCUGCCGCCGCCCUGUCUGCUGUGACCCCUGCUCCCUGCAGGAGGGCUGCUGCCGCCCCAUCAGCUGCUGCCCCACGUCCUGCACGGCCGUGGUCUGCCGCCCCUGCUGCUGGGCCUCCACCUGCUGCCAGCCCAUCUCUGUGCAGGCGCCCUGCUGCCGCCCCCCCUGCUGCCAGCCCGCCCCCUGCCGCACCACCUGCAGGACCUCCCCCUGCUGCUGAGAGCCCCACCAUCCCCACAGAGCAACACACUGGAGUCUAAGCACCUAUUCUGCAUUUUAAGAAAGUGGAAAGAAAAAUAGAUAUUUUUGAUAUUGUGACAAUAGUCAUUUUUACACCCUACCAUUUGGAUACACAAGCAGAUGUCCAUCGCCACCCUCAGCCAAAUUCCCAGGUCUCCAUCAGCUGAAGACACCAUGGAUGGUAGAUCUCUCUCUUCAAAAGUCCUCAGAGUGGACUUUGCAAACCCAUCCUGAACUCUGAGGGCUGCUCAAACCCUCCCUGCCAUCUUUUGUAAUGUGCUGCUCGCUUGUUCUCAAUAAACUAAUUUUUCCUGUAAACCUCCCUG